AUGUUGGCUACAGCUCAUCCGGCAUUGUCCGUGCUGCCUCUGGUGUUAGCAGCUAAGGGUACCGAUGAACAGCAUCACGCUCUUGGGACACCAGACACUCAGAAAUCGUCGCUUACUCAGUCAAAGGUUGAGAAUGACAACACAUGGCUACAUUCUGAACAAGAGGAUGCUGAACAUGGAAGAAGUGAGCAACACUUAGUACAAAAUGUAAAGAAGAAACCUUUAUAUGGCUGGUCUAGUCUCAUAAAAGCUAUAUUUCAAGAGAAAGAAAACAGAAGCAGAAGCGAAGAAGAUGACAGCAGCGACAGCAGUAGUAAUGACAGCAGUGACAGCAGUGGAAGUGACAAUGAAAAUUCUAGUGGUGAUAACAGUGGCAGCAAUGAAAGUGAUGGAGAUGAUAGUAACAGCAGUAGUAGUGAUGAGGAAAAUACUAGUGGUAAUAACAGCGGCAGUAAUGACAGUGAUGAAGAUGACAGUAGUAAUGAUGAUGAAAAUACUAGUGGUAGUAACAGUGGCAGCAAUGAGAAUGAUGAAGACGACAGUAACAGUAGCAACAGCAAUAGUAACGAUGAUGAAAACAACAGUGGUAAUCACAAUGGCAGUAAUGACAGUGAUGAAGAUGAUAGUGGUAAUGAUGAUGAAAAUAAUAGUGGUAAUAACAGUGGCAGCAAUGAGAGUGAUGAAGAUGACAGUGGCAAUAGCAACAGCAGUAGUAACGAUGAUGAAAACAACAGUGGUAACAACAGUCAGAGUAAUGAAGAUGACAGUGACAGUGGAAAUGGUGGUGGAGGCGAUAGGCAGAAGAACAGGCGGCACGCGGCUGAAAGAGCGGCCGAUGCUAUACCAGAGGUUGAACGAUGA